AUGGAUAAGGGUUGGGACGGGACGGGUAAGAACUGGGAGGGAAAGCGGCUACGAGAUGAGGCGCCAAAGAAGGAUAAGGUUCCACCGCCGUCAUCGAAGCCAGCGAAAUCCGGAGGUGGAAAACAGAAGAAGAAGAAGUGGAGCAAGGGAAAGCAAAAGGAGAAGGUGAACAACAUGGUUUUGUUUGAUCAGGCUACUUAUGACAAGCUUCUCACUGAAGCUCCCAAGUUCAAGCUCAUCACUCCUUCCAUUCUCUCCGACCGUAUGAGGAUAAGUGGGUCUCUUGCAAGGAGGGCGAUCAGGGAGCUAAUGGCGAAAGGUUUAAUCAGGAUGGUCGCUGCUCACUCAAGCCAGCAGAUCUACACUCGUGCCACCAACACCUAA